UUUUGCUUGCCCCCGAACACGNUGAAUUUCCGCAAUUCUCUGGAUUCUCGUCAACUCGAUCGUACGCUUUCCGAUGCAGAUAAUCAGGUCCCAUCUACUCGAAGAGACUCGGUAAUCGUACAGGCCCUUAUGUCCGCAUUUGCUUCUUGUCCAACCAUGAAUAGUAUUCAUCCGGUUCGAAUUCAAGAGGCAGUGCUUCUCUCACUCAUCAAUCUCCUUAAUCAUGUCGAUACAGCUCGACUUCUCCCGGUGACUCAAAUUGCGGAUCAGAUUCUAGAUUUGCUGUUCGGCCUGUUUCCUGCUUUGCCCAAACCACAUCCAGCUACACGAGAUAUUGAUCCGGCCAUUCUCGGUCUGUUAGAAGCGCUGGCCAGCUGUGCUCCGACAGCCUUGCCUGUCGUGCAGAGCGCGUCACGUUCGGGUAGCGGUUCGAAAUCAAGCCCCGGACCAUCCAUAUUGCCACGGCGUCGAUCACCACCCAGUGCAUGGGAUAUUCAAGGCGGUUUUGUGGCGGCUGAAGGUUUGCGCGUGUUUCCAAGACCGGUUGGAGGCAGUAACCCUAGACUCGACUUAAUGGACAGCUAUUCCGCUUUGCUCCUGGCCACUCUUAUCCAGGCUGGCUUGUAUGAGGUGCGAUUGUUUAUUUCCACCCUUAUCCCGAAUUCAUUCUUGUCCUAUCGACUCGCGCUCUAG